GUUGUUGUAGAAGGAACUCCUACCAACUGGAAAUAAGUGUCAGCGUUUUAAACUCCAACUUUAAAAUAUGUCCAUUUUUUGCCUUUAAAAGCGUUCAAUUCAGCUAAAAACCAUUGUGCAUCCAACAUGAGUCGACGAGCAAGGGUUACGUUCGACUACAAGGCGACAGAGAAUGAUGAAUUGGAUUUAGCAAUCGGCCAGAUCAUCGAGGAUAUAACAGACGAGGAUGAAGGCUGGUGUAAAGGGUUCCUGGAUGGAAAGACAGGACUUUUUCCGAACAACUUUGUGGAGUUUAUUGCUGGUGAAGCUCCCCCUCAUUCAAAGCCCCCUUCCAAAGAUUCCUUAGCUGGUAAAAAAGCUAAAGUUCUCUUUGAUUACGAUGCUCUUAAUGAAGAUGAACUGUCAUUAAGAGAUGGAGAAAUAAUUGAAGUGAUCUGUGAAGUAGAGGAAGGAUGGUGGGAGGGGAAGUUUGGUGGUAAAUCUGGUGUCUUUCCGUCAAAUUUUGUUGAACUUGUGAAAGAAAAUGAACCACCUCCACUUCCUCCACCUAAAGAAGAGAUGAAGGAACCUGGUCUAGAUGAAGAAGAAGGAAACAAGAGAGCUUCCAUUAUUGGUCAGGCGAAGAAGAUGGGAGGAGGGAUGGGCUUUGGAAACAUCAUCAACGCAGGUGUUCUCUCUGGAACAAGGUUAAAGAAGGUCGAUGCAAAGCCAAAGAAGGAGCCUGAACCUGAAGUAAAACCACAGCCAGAUGUUGGGCCAUCCCUCAAGAAAUUGUCUACU